AUGGCUACCUCGAGCAGCACCGCGCCCAAACCGGGCAACCCUUUGGUCUACCUGGACCUGUCGUUCGGCACCUCACCUCCCCCGACCCGCGCUGGCGCCAACCGAAUCGUCAUCGAGCUUUACGCCCACUUGGUCCCUAAGACAGCCGAGAACUUCCGCGCUCUCUGCACCAACCCUUCCACCGUCACCACCUCUUCUGGCACACCUCUUUCGUACAAGAACUCGAUCUUUCACCGUGUCAUCCCCAAGUUCAUGAUCCAGGGCGGCGACUUCACUCGCGGUGACGGCACAGGCGGCGAAAGCAUCUACGGCGAAAAGUUUGCCGAUGAAGAUCUGACGGGAAAACACGACGCUCCGUUCUUGCUGAGCAUGGCCAAUGCCGGACCGGGGACGAAUGGGAGUCAGUUUUUCAUCACGACGGUGCCGACGCCGCAUUUGGAUGGGAAGCAUGUGGUGUUUGGACGUGUGUUGCGAGGAAAGGGGGUGGUGAGGAGGGUGGAAGCGGUGGAGACGAGCAGCGAUCGGCCUGUGGAAAAUGUGAGGAUUGUGGAGUGUGGGCAGCUGGAGGAGGGAUCGGAGGAGGUCAAGAAUGGCAGCUAUGGCAUUGAGGCGGAUGCCACGGGCGAUCAGUACGAGGACUUCCCCGAGGAUCAGGAUGACAAGCUCGAAAGCGAUGUCAAAGCAACGUUCGACAUCGGUUCCGCUCUCAAGAGCAUCGCCAACGCGCAAUUCUCGAAGGGACAGUUCGCCACUGCGCUGGAGAAAUACCAGAAGGCGCUGCGCUACCUCUCGCUCCACCCCAUCCUACCGGAAGACACCCCCUCCGCGCUCGCCUCCGAGUGGAGCACGCUCAAGACGAGCAUCCAGCUCAACACCGCCCUGUGCGCGCUCAAGACCACACCCGCACAACCAACCGUCUCCAUCAAAACCGCCACCGCGGUGAUCCAGCACCUCACCUCGACCAAACCCGAGUCGUGGGAGACCAACGCGGAGAGCGAGGCGGCCGAGACCAAGAAGAAGGCGGACCUGGCCAAAGCGUUCUACCGCCGAGCACUGGCGUACGUUGCGCAGAAGGACGACGAGCGCGCCGAGGCGGAUCUGGGUCGGGCCAAGGAGCUGGCACCCGCGGAUGCGGGGAUCAGGAACGAAUUGGCCAAUGUGGCGAAGAGGAGGGAGGCGAGGAAGAAGGCGCAGCGGGCGGCGUAUAGUAAGAUGUUUUCCUAG